AUGGAAGACCCUGUUGAAAGAAAAAAAAUUCAACAACUAAAAAGUUAUUAUCAGUUAGUGUUACCAGUGACUCAAAUCUUGAAAUGGCUAUCAUAUGCAGAUAAAUUCAGAAUUUGUUAUCGAGAAUUUUCAUUCGUGACUGUCAGAAGCGAAUUUUCUCGGUAUGAAUCUUUUAACAAUGCCAAAGAGUUCAGAAGCCGGUUGAUAAAUUUGGGUCCCGCCAGAAUUGACGUUGGACCUACUUGGCCAAAAAGUCCUCUGUGGUCGUCAAAACAAGGCUUAGAUCCUGUAAGAAAAGAACUAGUGUUCGAUAUUGACCUGACAGAUUACGACGAUGUGCGAAUUUGCUGCCAGGAGAAGAAUAUUUGCGUAAAAUGUUGGAAAUACAUGGUGAUAGCUUGCAAAAUAAUCCACAGAUCUCUCGUAGAAGACUGGGGCUACAAGCACACCCUCUGGGUAUUUUCCGGCCGUCGAGGUAUCCACGCGUGGGUUUGCGAGCCAAGUGUCCUGAAAUUUGACGACGACGAACGUUAUAUGAUAUCAGAAUUCUUCCAGGUUUCCCUUACAAAUUCUUUCGGUGAGAGCCAGUUCAGACUGACGGGGAUAACUAGCUUCAUCCAGCGCGCCCUUGAUAUUAUCGACGAGGACUUUUUACGCUUCUGUGUCGUCGAGAUGGACAUGUUGGGUACUGACGAACGUGUUCAAAAAUUCAUAAAUCUGCUAAGGUGUCCCAAAAUAAUGAGAGGUGUUAAAAAAGAGUUCCUGGACCAUGACAACAGUAUAGAUCGCUGGAACGCUUUUCUUGAAUAUUUUUAUACUAAGUUAGUUAAAGGAGAAAUUCCUGAAGACUGCAGGUACUUGGUUGAAGAACUAAAGUUGCAAUAUUGCUACCCGAGAAUUGACGGCAGUGUCACUGAAGGAAUUAACCAUCUUUUGAAGAUGCCGUUUUCGGUCCAUCCGGCGACUGACAAAAUCUCUGUGCCGUUUGAUCCUGAGAAGAUCGAGUCCUUUGACCCGACAACGGUGCCUACUCUCACGCAAAUUUUGUCUGAAGUCGCUGAGUUUAAGAGUUGUCAACAGCCUGGUCAAAGAUGGAAUCAGUGGAAUCCUUUAUACCUUUAUAAGACGAGCUUGAGAGACUCGUUUAAAGUUUUUAUUAAAUUCUUGGUGAACUUGCACGGAGAUUUGCAUUAG